AUGUCAGCGUACACAAGUGUCGCUCGCACGUACGCCAACGUAAACCAGACCUUGCCGAGAGAAUACUGGGAUUAUGAUAAUUUACAAGUGCAAUGGGGUAGCUCGCAAGAUAACUACGAAAUAGUGCGUAAGAUUGGACGCGGAAAAUAUUCUGAAGUAUUCGAAGGAAUUAAUAUUGUUAACAAUGAGAAAUGCGUGAUUAAAGUGCUUAAGCCUGUGAAAAAGAAGAAAAUUAAGCGAGAGAUUAAGAUUCUACAAAAUCUAGCUGGUGGACCGAAUAUUAUCUCGCUAUUAGAUGUUGUAAGGGAUCCUCAGUCGAAAACACCUUCCUUGAUUUUCGAAUACGUGAAUAACACCGAUUUCAAAACGUUAUACCCAAAAUUUUCGGAUUACGAUGUGCGCUUUUAUAUCUUUGAACUUUUGAAGGCUUUGGAUUAUUGCCAUUCAAAAGGAAUUAUGCACCGAGAUGUAAAACCUCACAAUGUGAUGAUUGAUCAUGAAAAACGCAAAUUGAGGCUAAUAGAUUGGGGUCUAGCAGAAUUUUACCAUCCGGGAACCGAGUAUAAUGUGCGUGUAGCUUCAAGAUACUUUAAAGGCCCGGAAUUGCUAGUUGACUUCCAGGAAUACGAUUAUUCUCUGGAUAUGUGGAGCCUCGGUUGUAUGUUUGCAAGCAUGAUAUUCCGUAAAGAACCAUUCUUUCACGGUCAUGAUAAUUUCGAUCAAUUAGUCAAAAUUGCGAAAGUUCUCGGGACCGACGAGUUGUUUGCGUAUCUUGACAAGUACGACAUAGAGUUGGAUGCUCAGUAUGACGAUAUUCUUGGAAGGUACCCUCGAAAACCCUGGAAUAAAUUUUGCACAGCAGAAAAUGCAAAAUUUGUCUCUAAGGAAGCAAUCGACUUCCUUGAUAAAUUGUUACGUUAUGACCAUCAGGAACGACUUACACCAAAGGAGGCCAUGGAUCACCCCUAUUUCGAACCUGUAAGACAGAAUUUAAACCGGGAUGGGAAUAGUAGCCGAGCAUGA